AUGCAAAUCGGACUUUAUUCAUUCAUGAUGCAACCGGAUUCGUUUCAGGAUUAGGUUGCACGAGCUGAAUUUUGAAUGAAGGAGAAGAGUUUUUUUGUUUUGUUUUUUAAAGAAGUGUUGACUCUUUAGUUGUACUUUUAAUUAUUUUAUUUAAGUAUACGAUUUAAUUGUAUUAUUCUUUAAAAAAUGUAUUAAAUAUAUAUUUUAUGGCAACUCACCCUCCAGAUAUAUGUAUAUGGGUGAAAUUGACGCUUCAGUGACAGUGAGGUGACUGGUGUGUUGGAUGUUUCAUUCAGCACCGGCACUGCAUGACAGUGGUUUGAAUAACAAGUGGUUUGUUUUUAAAACCACACCUUUUAGAAUUUAGGGUCAAGUAGUCUUAGUAAAAAUCGUAAUAAUAAUUUAAAGGAAAACCAGCAGACAUUGAAGCCAACAUGUCUGGAGAAGUGCGUUUGAGGCAGUUGGAGCAGCUUAUUUUGGAUGGGCCCGCUCAGACCCAUGGGCAGUGCUUCAGUGUGGAGACCUUGCUGGAUAUCCUCAUCUGCCUGUACGAUGAAUGCAAUAAUUCUCCACUAAGAAGAGAGAAGAACAUCCUUGAAUACCUAGAAUGGGCUAAACCGUUUACUUCUAAAGUGAAACAAAUGCGAUUACAUAGAGAAGACUUUGAAAUAUUAAAGGUGAUUGGUCGAGGAGCUUUUGGGGAGGUUGCUGUAGUAAAACUAAAAAAUGCAGAUAAGGUAUUUGCCAUGAAAAUAUUGAAUAAAUGGGAAAUGCUGAAGAGAGCUGAGACAGCAUGUUUUCGUGAAGAAAGGGAUGUAUUAGUGAAUGGAGACAAUAAAUGGAUUACAACUUUGCACUAUGCUUUCCAGGAUGAUAAUAACUUAUACCUGGUUAUGGAUUAUUAUGUUGGUGGGGAUUUGCUUACUCUGCUCAGCAAAUUUGAAGAUAGAUUGCCUGAGGAUAUGGCUCGAUUUUACUUGGCCGAGAUGGUGAUAGCAAUUGACUCAGUUCAUCAGCUACAUUAUGUACACAGAGACAUUAAACCUGACAAUAUAUUGAUGGAUAUGAAUGGACAUAUUCGGUUAGCAGAUUUUGGUUCUUGUCUGAAGCUGAUGGAAGAUGGAACGGUCCAAUCCUCUGUGGCUGUUGGAACCCCAGAUUAUAUCUCUCCUGAAAUCCUUCAAGCCAUGGAAGAUGGAAAAGGCAGAUAUGGACCUGAGUGUGACUGGUGGUCUUUGGGGGUCUGUAUGUAUGAAAUGCUUUAUGGAGAAACACCAUUUUAUGCAGAAUCUCUGGUGGAGACAUAUGGAAAAAUCAUGAAUCACAAAGAGAGGUUUCAGUUUCCAGCCCAUGUAACUGAUGUGUCUGAAAACGCUAAGGAUCUUAUUAGAAGGCUCAUUUGUAGUAGAGAACAUAGACUUGGUCAAAAUGGAAUAGAAGACUUUAAGAAACAUCCAUUUUUCAGUGGAAUUGAUUGGGAUAAUAUUCGAAACUGUGAAGCACCUUAUAUUCCUGAAGUUAGUAGCCCAACAGAUACAUCAAAUUUUGAUGUGGAUGAUGAUUGUUUAAAAAAUACUGAAACGAUGCCCCCACCAACACAUACUGCAUUUUCUGGCCAUCAUCUGCCAUUUGUUGGUUUUACAUAUACUAGUAGCUGUGUUCUUUCUGAUCGGAGCUGUCUAAGAGUUACAGCUGGUCCCACCUCACUGGAUCUUGAUGUUAAUGUUCAGAGGACUCUAGAUAACAACUUAGCAACCGAAGCUUAUGAAAGAAGAAUUAAGCGCCUUGAACAGGAAAAACUUGAACUUAGUAGAAAACUUCAAGAGUCAACACAGACUGUCCAAGCUCUUCAGUAUUCAACUGUUGAUGGUCCACUAACAGCAAGCAAAGAUUUAGAAAUAAAAAACUUAAAAGAAGAAAUUGAAAAACUAAGGAAACAAGUAACAG